CUAGUGGAAGGAACCCGGAUAAAGUGAGUAUAUAAAUGAGGAACGGUUGGCGAGCGGGUCAAGUUGUUUCAGCAGCGGCUAAAGACAAUAGCAAGAAAAUCUGUAUUUUGUACUGGGGUGUAAGGUCUUAUCUGAGAAAAAUAUAAAAUGGCUGGCGGUAAGGCUGGGAAGGACUCCGGAAAGACCAAGACAAAGGCUAUUUCGCGCUCACAGAGAGCAGGACUGCAGUUCCCAGUGGGUCGUAUCCAUAGACACCUGAAGUCCAGAACCACCAGCCACGGUAGAGUGGGAGCCACAGCAGCCGUGUACAGCGCAGCUAUUCUUGAAUACCUCACUGCUGAGCAUCCCGACUCUGUCCAGGUUUUGGAGUUAGCAGGAAAUGCAUCAAAGGACCUUAAAGUGAAGCGAAUCACUCCACGCCACUUGCAGCUUGCCAUCAGAGGAGAUGAGGAGCUUGAUUCUCUUAUCAAGGCCACAAUUGCUGGUGGAGGUGUGAUCCCACACAUCCACAAGUCUCUAAUUGGAAAGAAGGGCCAGCAGAAGACUGUAUAACCUGAGGUGCUCUGGAUGGUGUGAUGUCUCAGGAUUGAAGUCUGCAUCUGAAGUGGUUAAAUGUCUUGGAUCCAAACAUGUUUAGAAAUUUUUAUGGUUAAUCUUGCAUUUAUUCACCUGGGUUUUUAUUACCUUUCUUUCUGUCUCAAGUGGCUUCAAAGAAGCUUUCUUUCCCUUCUUUUCCUGGUGCUUCAGUUUGUUAUCCAUGCUGUGUGGCAUUCCCAUGUUUAAAGUGGUGUUUUAAUAAAGCCCUUGUUGGGCAUUUGUUCUGUUUUUC